GUACCGUUUUAUUUGUUUUGUUUAAAUCUAAUAUAUUUACAGUUUUUUAUGUGACGUUUCAGGGAUAAUUUUUCCACGAUCUCACAUGUUUUCGAGCGAAAAUAGAGCAUUUCGUAAUCGGCCGUACUUUCCACGCAGAAGAGUUGCGUUGUUAAGACAAGUCGACCUGUGUAGCAAGGGUACCAAAAAUGUUGCUGUUUUAAUCAAGUCGUACAACGUGAUUGUGUGGGAUUCAAAUCACCGGUCACCACUCACCCCAUCAUGGAUUCAUUCCUGAUGGUUGCUGGUGCCCUGUACUUCCUCGCAAUAGCUCUCUGCGGUAUGAGCUUAGCCCUACCCCUGUGGGUCGUCUCAAACGUCCAACGCUCCGACCUGAAUCUGGGGCUUCUGGUCCAUUGCCAGCAGAUCUACGGUCGGUCGUGGGAGUGCCAGUAUGCGGAUGGACCCCUAGAGUGGAUCCUGGCCGCAGUGUUGAUCAUCCUCGGGAUUAUUGCCCUUGCUGUCGGGAACCUAAUGAUAAUGUUCUCCGAUAAGCGUCCACGAUUCAGACGGUACCCCAAGUACAUGGGUUUGACAGCAUGGACUCUGUUCUGCCUGGCCAUUAUGAUGUUCCCUGCUGGCUUUGAUCUCCCACUGAUAGGAGGAGACCCUUAUCUUCUGCCAAACAGCGUCAAGACUGGAAUCUCGUAUGGGUUAUUUUUCACUGGGAUCAUCUGUACUUUCUUUGGAUCUGCCUUGGCGCUCGGCAAGAUGUACUUUGAUAUUAUUGUGUUGCGAUAAACCCUACUAACUGCACAACAUCAGAAAGAUAGUGCAUCCAUUGGUCAACCAGUCAGGGCCCAAUUUCAUAGAAAAUACUGCUUAACACUUUUCCUUUACUGGAAACCAGUCACAGAUGGUACAAUCAGCCAUGGUGUUAGGCUGGUAACCUUAAUCUUGUAAGCAGAAUUCCUUUGUGCUAAACAGCUUUAAUGGGCCCUGCAGCAAGUGCUUGCAUUUAUCGAUGCUCGUCCCUGACAUCUUUCUGUACAUUGAUUGGUUAACUUUGGAUUUGGAACCACACAACUUUGCUUUGUAUAUUCGGUGUUUUUCACAAUGCUCUGUAAAUUCCCCCUUCUGCUUCCAUGCCGGUUCUUCAUCUACAACAAAGUUACGUUCCUUGAGAUGUCAGGAUAUUUUAACAAAACUUCAAUUCACACAUUGGACUUUCCUUCGUUGGUUCAAAAUAACUUUUCCAUUUUGAGAUUUUUAUUGUAAAUAGUGUAAUAUAUACAGAGGACAAAAUUAUAUAACUAUUUAAAUAUGUUGGGUAAUAAUUUGUAAAGAGUAACAAAAACCCAAAAUUAUGAUUUGUCAACUAAACUUAUUGUCAAAAUAUUUUAUCGGCCUUGUAUGAAAAUGUUCAUGUGAGUCCAUGCACAAAUUACAAAGUAAAACAAUUAAACAAUUAAACAAAAUCACAAACAAAAUCAUACUCAGUUCAGAAGAAUAACAUAAGGCUGUUUUGGUGAGUCUGUGUGCGUCGGUCUUGAAAAACAAAUUGUACAAACAACGCCAGGCUCAAACCUUGACUAAAUUUGAGUACAGUAACUGUUCUUUCUGAAAAACAAAUUGGUGUCAAGCAAUUAAGAAAUGCAAGAACAUUUGGAUACAAUCGGUCUUCUCGCAAAACAAAAGAUUAUUUUAGGUAAAAUUAAAUGGAAUUUUGUAACUAAAAUCAUGAUUGUGUAAUGAUGACGAUUAUAAUUGUGUAUACAUUUUGUUUGUUGGGGGGGGGGGGGAAUAAUGCCGGAGUAACUUUUUCUGAAAAAGAGCCUGAUUUUGGCAUGGGUUGUGGGUGUCACAAAAUGAUACAACUCUAACUGAAUUUAACUGAAAGUAUGCUUUUGUCUAUGUAGUAGUUUGUUCCGUACAUAUUUUUGUUAAGUCAUGUAAGUGGUGGGGAAAAGAGUACAAUUUUUGUGACAAAAUUUUGGAUAAAUGUAUGGACCCGAGAAUGAGUGUACCAAUUGCUGUACUUUAUUAACAGCUUGUUUCACCACAAAUGUUGCCAUUUUUUACUGUGUAUUUUUUGUGUCAUAACUUUGUGUCAAAAUAGUAAAAAAGUUAUCAAUUUUUGUUCAUGUUGGAUAAGUAUUGAAUCGAUGUAAUCUGAAAUAAAGAGUAAAAUAAAGUGAAGGUACAGAUA